AUGGCACCGGUCGACGAGAAACCAGCCUCUCUCUGUAGAUCCGAGCCUCACGAUACCCUGGAGGUCUCCUUGCUAAAGUAUAUCUAUUCCCACCCAUCCCUGGCCCAAAUCCGCGGCUGCCCAUCCGCCCUACUCGCUCUCAUCGACGAGUUCGCUGCAAAGCAAGCCUUCUUCAUCAGCCUUGGCCCAGACAAAGCCAAGAAGCUUUCGACGCUCUUCGCAGACGAAAAGCCGAAGGUUGUCGUGGAGCUCGGCACCUAUGUCGGCUACUCCGCCAUCAUGUUUGCAGACGCCAUGCGGCAAGCCGCUGGUGGAUCCUCGACAGGCCUCCGCUUGUGGAGUCUGGAAGCGGAUCCUCUCAUUGCAUCUAUCGCCAUGAAUUUUAUUGAGUUGGCUGGACUGAGCGACAUCGUGAAGGUCGUUGUUGGUCCGGCGAGCGACUCGCUCAAGCGCCUGAGUGCGGAGGGAAAGCUCUCCAGUGUUGAUCUCAUGUUUAUUGAUCAUAUCAAGGAACUUUAUGUUCCCGAUUUGGAGCUGUCUGAGCAGCUUGGGUUUCUUCACUCUGGCUCUUUGGUACUCGCAGAUAAUGUGGUGCAUCCUGGUGCGCCGGCUUACCGCGAGUUUGUCCGCGGGAGCUCAAAGUAUGAGAGCUGGGGAUUGAAAUGUCUUCUCUUCCCCGAAGAUAUAGUCGACGAAAUCGAAAUCAGCAGAGUGAAAUGA